AUGAUUAAUUCUACGAAUCAGACAGUUGCUAGCAGUGGGGAUGUCGUUGCCAGCUAUCUCCCUUGGACGAACCCGCUGAACCUCAUAUCAUUCGACACUUAUCAAAAGACUUUGUACUACUUUAACACAGUCGUGAAGCCUGUUGUAGUCAUUGUUGGAGUGCCCACCAACAUCAUCAGCUGUAUUGUCUUCAAGCGACAGGGACUGUGUGACCGCAUGAACCUCUGUCUCUUUGUCCUGGCGCUGGUGGACAUGACCUACUUAGCUUACUCCAUGGUGUUCACCAUAGCUCUGUGGAUCAAGGUGGUGCAGCCUGUGGUGGGGGAGGAGCUGUACAUGAAGGCGCUGUACUACGCCCUGGGUGUCAGUCACGGGUGGAGGGAGGCAUCAGCCCUGGUGGGGCUGGUCAUCGCCGUGGAGCGGUGCAUCUGUGUCGUCUUCCCGCUACAAGCUGGGUCGCUGAUGAGGACUCGAACCAUGGGCCUCCUGCUGGCCACCGCUGUAACCUCCAUGCAGGUCGGCUUCGUCACGUGGCCUGUCAAACAACAUGUCUUCUCUGUAUACGAUAACACCACUGGACAAAUCAGAUGGAAAACAGAACUAGCGAGUCAGUGGCAGUCGAGUUCGUUUCUGAUGUCGUACACCAUCUUUGAGGACACGGUCAUGCUGGUGCUGGUGCCCAUACUUAACUUAAUCCUGGUCACCGUCGCCACGGGCAUCACUGUUAUAAGGCUAAAAGCAGUCUCCUCGUGGAGGAAAGAGGUGAGCUCUUUUGGAAGUGAGGCACACGUCCAGCAGGUGGCGCUGACCAAGAUGCUGGUGCUGGUGUCGUGUGUGUACAUCGGCAGCAAGUUGCCCUGGAUCGUCGUCAUGCUAGCGAGUGUCCUUGACCCCGACUUCUCCGACACGGGUCACAACUACAACAUCUACAAGGUUUCGCAGCUGAUGGCGCAGCUGUUCUCGUAUGUCAACAGUGCUGUUACCUUCUUUAUCUACCUCGCUCAGUCUUCUCGCUUUAAGGUGGAGCUUCGAGUGCUGUUCUCUUGUUUUUUGCCGUCCGCGGGGGUAUCUGAGACGAAAAUGCCGCCAAAGAUUUAA